AGGUCGGAAAGUCGGAGCUCUAGAAAGAAGCCCGACUUCCGGAGUUGGAUAACUGUUCUAUCGAUUUUUCCGAGUUGGAGCUCGUUUUUUCCGAGUUCCCUGUUGUUUUGAACGCACUGAAGUCGGAAGUCGGACAUUUCCGAUUUCCCAGUUCUGAGUUCCCUGUUGUUUUGAACGCGGUAUCUAUUCCAAUUUAGACGUGCCACCACAUAUGAUUGGUUGAUGUUCCUGACCACCUGCCUUACGUAUAACAUAGACCUUGCAGUCUAUGUAGGCGGAAGUCUUCUUCUGACGACAUUUGUUUUGGAAAAAAGGCUAGUGGAAGAAUAAUGGAGCCAAAGGCUGAGACUAUUCACAAGCUGGUGUUUGAGAAGGAGGGGGUUUACCUUCACACCAAUGCCAAGAGGAGCAACCAGGACACCACAAUCCCAGGAUUCAUCCGUAUAGUGGAACGGGGUGGGGAGCCAGCUUUGGAGUGGAGCGCACUAGAGGAUGAGGGCCGCAAUGCGGCUGCUGUAUUCUACACUAAAAAGGAUGGAGAAGGAGGGGUGGAGGACACCAACUUUGACCCUGGCUAUGAGCCAGACUGGGCAGUCAUCAGCACAGUGAAGAGAGACCAAGUCAGAGAGCACCCCCCCGUCAAAGAGACAAGCCAGUGGUCGUUCUCCCUGCCUCUGUCGGAGCUGUACUCUCUGCGACGGUCCCGUUUCUCCCUGGGCCGUAACUUCUUGGUUUUUACCAGCAGGGGUGGCCACCCCCUCCCUCCUCUGCACUUCCACAGGGGGGGCACCAGGGAGCUGUUGAGGGCCAUGCAGCGUUACAUCAUCCUGGCCCCAUCACCUGUAGAUGGUCGUCUCUUCCUAGCGUAUCCCCAUGACUCUGGGGCUCUCUCUCAGUCCUUUGAUGAGCUGCACCUCUUUGACGAUGGAAGCUCUGACCUUGUCUCUAGGUUUAUCCAGGACCCUUAUGCCACCACCUUUGGGGGAUUCUCCAAGGUCACCAAUUUCUUCAGAGGGGCUCUACGACCACCAGAUUCCCCCUUCCACCCCCGUGGCCCUCAGGACCACCAUGGGCCCCCCUCAGCUGACGACGAACCAGGCUUUGAGCUCAUCACCUGUGGGGUGGAGCUUGGCCCUAAACCAGACGUAACCAGGGGACAGCCUCUCGACAAAUGGGAGGAGUUCCUGGAUCCAGAGGGGCGUGUGAAGGACCCACAGCAAAUCAAAGAGCUGGUCUUCAGGGGGGGUAUCACACCCUCCCUGAGGAAGGACGUGUGGAAGUUUCUGCUGGGUUUCUAUCCCUGGAAUAGUACUGUGAAAGAGAGGGAGGACAUUCUGAGGAUGAAAACAGAUGAGUAUUUCAGAAUGAAGGUUCAGUGGAAGUCAGUCAGUGAAGAGCAGGAGAUGAGGAACUCCCUCCUCAGAGGAUACCGCAGCCUGAUAGAAAGGGACGUGAGUCGGACGGACAGACACAACACCUUCUUCUCUGGCAACGACAACCCAGGCCUGACUCUUCUCAAUGACGUGCUGAUGACAUACUGCAUGUUCAACUUUGAUCUGGGCUAUGUCCAGGGGAUGAGUGACCUCUUGGCUCCUCUCCUUUUUGUCACUCAGAACGAAGUGGAGUCCUUCUGGUGUCUGACAGGUUUUAUGGAGAUGGUGCACCAGAACUUUGAGGAGUCUCAGGAGGCCAUGAAGCAACAGCUCCUUCAGCUCAGCCUGCUGAUGAAGGCUCUGGACCCUGAGCUCCUUGACUACCUGGACUCCCAGGACAGUGGCUCUCUGUGCUUCUGUUUCCGUUGGUUACUGAUUUGGUUUAAGAGAGAGUUCUCCUUCGAGGACAUCCUGUCCCUUUGGGAGGUUCUUUGGACUCGUCUGCCCUGUGAAAACUUCCAUCUGCUGAUGGCCGCUUCCAUUCUGGAAUCACAGAGGGGGGAGUUCAUCGGCUCUGACCACGACUUCAACACUAUUUUGAAGCACAUCAAUGAACUGACCAUGAAGCUGGAUCUGCAGACAGUCCUACGAGGAGCAGAAGCUAACUACCUACAGUUGGCCUGCUGCAAAGAGCUGCCGGUGAAGGUGCAGGAGGUCAUUGGUUUGUACGUUCCCCCCAGCCCUGAUGACGAGACGAGCGCAGAAUCAGAGUCACAUGAGACGCAGCAGCUUCUCAGCCAAUCACAGGCAGCAGCUACAGAAACGAGCCAGUCAAGUAACAGCACUGCUGCUGCAGCAGCACGCCCUCGCCCUACCUACCCGUAACUCUGAAGGACAGGAUACACCCAUCUAGUACCGGGUCGGACACCCUUUUGCCUCCAGAACAGCUUGAUUUCUUCGGGACAUGGACACGUUGCUCAAUUGAUAUCAAGGGACCUAACAUGUGCGAAGGAAAACAUUUCCAUGCCAUUACUUUACCCUCCACCAGUCUGUACCGUUGACACCAGGCAGGAUGGGUCCAUGGACUCACGCUGCUUACACCAAAUCCUGACUCUGCAACAGCCCAUCCGUGAAAAGGACCGACGAGUUCAGUGGUUCAAGAUGCCGUUCUGCACACCGUUGUUGUAUUUCGCAGUUAUUUACCUGUUAGCUUGCAUGAUUCUUGCCAUUCUCCUUCGACCUCUUAUCAACGAGCUGUUUUCGCCCACAGGACUGCUGCUGACUAGAUGUUUUUUUGUUUGUCACACCAUUCUCGGUAAACCCUAGACACUGUCGUGCGUGAAAAGCCCAGGAGGGUGGUUGUUUCUGAGCGCCUGGCACCAACGAUCAUACCGCACUCAAAGUCGCUUAGGGCACUUGUUUUGCCCAUUCUAACAUUCAAUGGAACAGUAACUGAAUGCCUGUCUGCCUGCUUUAUAUAGGCCAUGACACUCACUGCCUGUAGGAGCUAACCAUUUUUGUGAAUGGGGUGGUGUACCUAAUAAAUGGGCCAUUUAUUGUAUGUUGGAUGAUAUGGGGCAUAGGAGAGAGAGUUUGAUAAUGUACUGAUGAGGGUUGCAGACUGUUACCAUCUCUGAUAGACUGGGCAUUAGAGUGAACGGUGGUUGUUUUUUCAUCAAUGUAACUAUCCCAAAAUAUUGAAAUGGUCUUAUAUGCAGUGCUUUGUCUUUAUAUAAAUAUUUUUUGUUUCCCAUUUUGUGUGAAUCCAAGUUAUGUCCAGUCAUUUAUAUUUAUGUACCUGUCUCGUGAGAAUUAAUUUUUUUAAUCCAAAUUCUUCUUUGUGUGAAAUGCUUCCAUUUUAAAAUUGUCUGUUAAAUUGUUUUAUCCCUGUCUUUCAAUCAGAACAUUUGUCCCUUUUUUAAUGGUGUAUCAUUGUGGUCUGCAUUAUUUCCACCCUGUUGUUCUCCUGUUGUUCCUUCUAUCCAUGCUCUCCUCUCUAUUGCUGUCCUUUCACUCUAAGUAAUUCUAAAUAUAAUAUGAAGAAUAAUCUUACUGACAGAGCAUUACAAGUACUAUAAAAUGCCUGCCUUGUAGAGUGUUAUACAUGCAGUACUAUAAUGUUUAAGGUUUUUAACUACUGGUAUUAUGUCAUAACAAUAUUUUCAUUUACCUGAAAUUGCUGAAUCUUACCAAAUAAAGGGUACAAAAACAAUCAA